UCACCCUUCUCAUCACACCUCUUUUUAUUUUAUUCAUCCAAUGAGCAAUAAUGACAACCUGAACGGCCUUAAUCAGCAAUUUGCUGGUAUGGGCGUUAAUGAACGUAGCAACUCUCGACCAUCGGGAUCAAGACCCGCCUAUGUCCCUCCUCACCUGAGGAACGCCGCUGCCCCUCGUAGCGAUAGCUGGGACACUCCUCCCCGCACCCAAAACGCCGCCCCUCGUUCCACAGGAGGAUGGGGCGGAGCCUCCGAGAGCGGCUACAACCGAGGAUGGAACGAGUCUCCCCAUCAGCAGAACCAGCAGUCCUCUGGUUGGAACGACCGUGCCUCCUCUGGUGGUUAUGGUCGUCGCAGCGAGACUCCCUCUUCGGGCUAUCCUCGCCUGGACCGCGACGUCGGCACCUUCAAGAACGGUGUCCAAGUUCCUGCUCAGCGCAACCCCCGUCUCGAGCGUGAGCUGUACGGAACUGAGGACAAGGAGCGCCAGAGCACUGGAAUCAACUUUGAAAAGUACGACGAUAUUCCAGUUGAGGCCUCCGGCAAUGACGUCCCCGAGCCUGUCCUCGUCUUCACAAGCCCCCCUCUGGACCCUCUCCUGCUCGAGAACAUUGAGCUGUCCAAGUACACCCAACCCACCCCCGUCCAGAAGUACUCGAUCCCCAUUGUUAGUGCCAAUCGCGAUUUGAUGGCCUGUGCUCAGACCGGUUCCGGCAAGACUGGUGGUUUCCUCUUCCCCAUCCUCUCCGAGCUCUUCAAGGCCGGACCAGUUCCUCCUCCCGAGAACGCCGGCGCAGGUCGCACCCGCAAGGCCUACCCCACCUGUCUCAUUCUCGCUCCCACCCGUGAGUUGGCUUCCCAGAUCUGGGAAGAGUCCCGCAAGUUCUCGUACCGCUCCUGGGUUCGCUCCUGCGUCGUUUACGGAGGUGCCGAUAUUGGACAGCAGCUCCGUACUAUCGACCGCGGAUGCGACAUGUUGACCGCCACCCCUGGUCGUCUUGUCGAUUUGAUUGAGCGCGGCCGUGUUUCGUUGGCCAACAUUCGUUACCUUGUCCUGGACGAGGCCGAUCGUAUGUUGGACAUGGGUUUCGAGCCCCAGAUCAGACGUUUGGUCGAGAAGGAGGAUAUGCCCGGAGUCUCCGAGCGUCACACCCUCAUGUUCUCGGCCACCUUCCCCCGCGACAUUCAGCAUCUUGCCAGGGAUUUCUUGCGCGACUAUAUUUUCUUGUCGGUCGGUCGUGUCGGUUCCACUUCAGAGAACAUCACGCAGAAGAUCGAGUACGUCGAGGAUGAGGACAAGCGUUCGGUUCUGCUCGACAUCCUUCAUGCCCAGCCCAAGGGUGAUCUGGGUUUGACCCUGAUCUUUGUCGAGACCAAGAGGAUGGCAGACACGCUUUCGGACUUUUUGCUCUCCCAGAACUUCCCUGCGACCUCGAUCCACGGUGAUCGUACCCAGCGCGAGCGUGAGCGCGCCCUCGACAUGUUCCGUUCUGGACGCUGUCCCGUCAUGGUCGCCACGGCUGUCGCAGCCCGUGGUUUGGACAUUCCCAACGUGACCCACGUCAUCUCUUACGACUUGCCCACAGACAUUGACGACUAUGUCCACAGAAUCGGUCGUACUGGUCGUGCUGGUAACACCGGUAUUGCCACUGCCUUCUUGAACCGUGGCAACAAGGGCGUUGUCCGCGACUUGCUUGAUCUUCUGAAGGAGGCCAAUCAGGAGAUUCCCGGCUGGCUCGAGACUCUGGGCAGAGAGUCUUCCUAUGGCGGCGGCGGUGGUGGUGGCGGUCGUGGGCGUGGUCGUGGCCGCGGCGCCAGCAAUGCUGGCCGUGAUUAUCGCAAGUACGCCGGCGGUGGAUCCUCCAGCGACCACUGGGGCGGCGGCGGUGGUGGUAGCCACGCCGGUGGCGGCAACAGCGGUGGUGGCGGAGGUGGAUAUGGUGGUGGAUACGGAGGAGGCGGAUAUGGUGGUGGAUAUGCAGGCGGCAACAGCGGCGGCAACAGCUGGUUCUAAACGCCAUCCAAGACAGGCGCAGUCUUUAUUUUUUUUUAUCUUCUCUCUACUCUCAUUUUUUUCUUUUUCCAUAGAUUUCACGUUAUGAAUGCGGAUGCUGGCAGGCAUUACAUUGUAUACCCCACUUUUCACUUUUCUUUCUUACUUGAAGCCUUCAUGGGGUCAUGAUCGAUGUUUCAACCCGCACAGCAUUUGAAAGGAAGGACCCUCCCUUGUUCUUUCCAACUCUCGAUUCUGUAUUUAUAGCGUUUUCUUUUUUUUCUUUUUUCCCUCAUCACCGCAGUACGAUUGUGUAUAUUAUCUUUGUUGUUUUUUCCUUCCCCCCGUGUCUCGUUUUCUUGAAGAACGACAAGCAAAUGGGAAACCCAAAAAAAAAAUGCAUUGCACACCAUAGACACACUCAUACUCGCAUAUCACACAAAAAGGAACAAUUGCAAUAAAAAAUUAUAAAAAAAAAA